UUUCUUGUCGGACACACUUCUAAAUACAUCAAAAAAAAAGGGUUCAGAUCUUUCUAUUUCCAAGUAUAAGCGGAAAGCCGCCAUCUUGCCUCGGCAUACAAGCGAGGUUCUGAAAGUGCCACGUGACGACGCGUUUAAAAGUUGCGAGACCGCCAGGGCGACUUGAAAAACACGUGCAUCCAGAUCUACGUCGCAUCUGUCCGAGAUUGCCACGCCAUCGAACGCGCUUCUCGCUCUUCUGUUCCUCGAUCGAUCACGAGAUCAGAUUAGUAACGUGUCCGUCGGCAACGAUUAGUACGAUUCAACGAGACUUGCGAGCAAUCGUCAACCAUCGCGCGCAGCUACACUUUUUCCACCGGACGGACGACUCGACUCCACAACGUGACUUAUCAGACUGCAAAUCGAUUGGCGAUUACCGGAAGAUCUCCGCGCUGCUGUCGAGGGCGCAGUUGCGCCGUGGUAGAUAAGUCUUGUUCACGGGAAAAGCGCCUAGUCGAAGGGCUUCGUGGCACACACCGGCCGCUACUGCGGACAAGUGGAUGCGGGUGCGAAACGCUUAGACCUCUGCUGUUAUUUGCGCAUCAACGGUUGAACGGGUCAGCACACGGUCAGUCGGUCGAUUCGCCUACUCAUUUCAGCAGCAUUUCAGUAACAGAGCAACUCAAGUUGAGUAAUCGGAUCCAUCGCAGAGCAGCCGACAGAAGUUAAAUGGCACCGCGCAAGCAAACCAAGGUAGCGGAAAGCGUCGUCGCGGACGCCAACGGCGAUGCGUCGCCCCCGAGGAAAAGGAAGGCCGCGACGGCGACUAAGCCGGUGGCUGAGGAAUCGAAACAGGUGCGUGGUCUUCGGCGAGGGAAAGCGGAGAAGGCCGAGAUUAAUGAUAAUAUGGUGAUCGAUACGAGUCCGCCUAAGAGAGCACGCGGUGGCGGCGGCAGAAAUAAGACUGCCGAACCAAAGCCCGCUGUUGAGACAAAGAGCGGCAGGUCCAACAAAGUCGCCAAAGCCGAGGAAACGAUAAACAACAACGCACACGAGAAGGCGCCGAAGCAAACGACCGAGAAGAAAGCACGCGCCGCCAAGACCACGGGCGCGAUGGCGAAAAAGGCGGGAACGAAGGAGCAGCCCGCGGCGAAGCCGAAGGCCAAAGAGUCUGCCAGGAAACCGAGGAAUAACAUCGCCGCUACCGAAAACGGUGCCGGCGGGAACACCACAGAAAUGGAUGUCGCGGCCACAUCGACGAAGAGGACUCGCGGGAAAGUGAUGGAGAAGGAAAAUGCCAUGCCGGCGGCGCGAACUGCCACUGCAGCUAAGGCGCCGAAGAAGCGCAAGAACGUCGAGGAAAAAACGAUCGAGGACGCAGAGGUCGUUGAAGAGGAGGCUGCGGUCACCGUGCCCGAUAAGAAGCCGCGCGGCAAACCGAAGAAGGCGGCGGGAGCACAGGCCGCCAAUGAACCAGAAGUGAAGCCCAGAGGGAGAGCUAAGAAGAACACUGCUAAAGCAGAGCCUGCCAAAUUAUCAAAAGAAAUUGAGGAGGAGGAAAAAGAGUCGAAUACAGCUGAACAAGAGGAUAGCGCAAAAACAGACAGUACAAAAAACACAAAGAAAGGAAAUGCAAAGAAAGUUGCUCCCAAGGGAAAGCGCAAUACUGCACUGGAGAAGGAUCAAGAUGCUCAAGCAGAUGAGGCAGCAGAUGCUGAAGCUGAUGUUCAAGAGAAUGGGAAGAUAGAAAAUGUACAGUCCAAACAACAGAAGAAACGGAAUAUGGGUAAGGCAAACGCGACGAUGAAAGAAAAAACCGAAGCAAGGGGCAGACAAAAAAAAGGACAAGUUGCAGCUGCUGAAGACGUGAAGGAGAUUGCAAAGGACGCGAACGUGGAAGACGACGCUGCCGAAAAAGUGAACACUGUGUCAGAGGCACAAGAUGAAAGCGACGCGAAUGAAGUUGCUCAAAGCGAUAAUGCUUCAAAUAAGAAGGAAGCCAAAGGUGAAGCGGAUCAAGUCAAACUUCCAGAAUCAGUGGAUAGUGAGCAACCAAUUGAGAAUGAAAUUCUAGAGAGCGAGGCGAACACUUCGACAGAUAAGGAUGAGAAUUAAUGCUGAGUGUUUCCUAGAAGUGGUAUAUUCCUUAAGAACUUAAAUGGUUUGGAGUCAUGUGAAUUCAAUAAUAUCUCAAUUUGUAUCUGUGUGUACGACUCUUAGGAGUCCAAUAUCAGGUCGUCCUACAAAUAAUGCAGUUUUUGAAAGGCGAAAAUUUUUAUCACACAAAUUCGCUUUUAUCACAAGCGUAUUAGACUAUUUUUUAAUGAAAUUGUAAGUAUAGGAUAUGUAAGUAUAAAAUACAAAGAGAAAUAUAUAUACUCGGAUUACGUUCGCAUGUCAGUCUAAAAGCGACUUAAGUCUUUGUUCUAAAGAACAAAGACUUUUGUCGAUAGAAGUGUCUUUAAAUAUGACUUACAAACUUUUUGAGAUUGAUUUAUGAAUACAUUUAGGGCUGAUCCUCCUGAAUAGCAGUUUGAACUUGGGUUUAAGUUUAAACUCUGUUUAAAGACAUCAAAUACAUUGUUAGGAUAGAGUUUAAAGUUAAGUCUAAGUUUAAAUUACUACUAAAAAAUCGGCCUUUGGAGACACUUUAUCGAUAAUAAAAAAGAGUUCAGAAUAAUCCUUAACGAUACCGGUUAGUCCACACAAGUGUGUUACAUGAUAUGACGGUUAUAUCGCAACAUUUGACACCGAUAAAUUAUAAGAUGGAAAAUUAACUCGAUUUUACAAAUUAUCUACGAAUGUCCGGCUUGAGGCCGCCGUGUAAACGUAGUCUCCAUUUCUCAUGUCGAACUAAAAGGAUGCAGCACAAAGAACUGCGCUGCUUAUAGGACAACCUGAUAUUUUAACAUAUUUAUCGCGCAUGACACUUGCAGUGUGAAGUUUAAGGUUCCUGUAGAGGUGCUCUGUACUAUAUUGGCGAUUUUUAUCAGUUUCGAAUCACCAAAUGCUGCCACUUGCGAGAUAAUCAGCGAUCAACAGCGAGAUUCAUGUAAUUUCGUAUAGCUCGGAUCUCCAGGAGCUCCACAUAUACACACACUUUAUCAUUAUUAUGAUUAUUCUAUAAAUAAUUAUGAUUCUUUUUUUCUUUUUAAUGAGCGAAACGUCGACGAAUUUGUCAAUACAGUACGGACUACCGCUACUGAUAUAAAACACGCGAUAUUGUGGUGUAAUGUUGAAUCGCGCGGCUCAGUAUGGCAUAAGGUAUUAAAUCUGGGAGCCUUAAUAAUGUUCUGAAAAGGAUAUAUUUAUUUUUUUGUGAGGAAAAACAAAGUUUACACGAAAGAAAUUACAACAUUGGCUGUAUUGUAUAAGUAUGUGUGGCGAAGUUGUUACCGGACAAAGUUUCGAGCAAUACAAAACAUAUUUUUUUACAGACGUGUCUUUCCUCGAGAACGUUUAAUAUUGAAUUUUCAGCUGUGUAUAUCAAUGAUAACGAUGAUGAUAACGCGUAGUGCCAUAAGGAAAUUUGAUAGAAUUCAAAAUUCUGGAUUCUCUUCCAACGAAAUUCGGGAUGUCUCAUUAGAAUCAAAUAAGGUAUCCUGAAUUUCGUUGGAUGAUGACACUGGUCGAGUAAUUCCAAAUUCGGGUAAAUUCAUUUUUUACACAGACAACGAUAAAAUGAUCAUUUUUUCUUCUUGCUAGUCUCUAGAUUGAUCCUAAUUCGAAUCUUUUUGAAUUACGGACAGGUUGUUCUAAUCUCUUGAUAAGCUACAUGACAGUUAAAUCAUAUAUUUGUCUUCGUUUUUUCUUCAAAUUAAACAGAAACAGACACAUAAUUUAACUGUUAGGUAACUUAUCAAGAGAUUGGGACAAUUGAUUCUAUAUCUGCAGGAAUAUCUAUAAGAAAUGAAAUUUGUGAUAUUCGAUGUGUCAUUAUCAAACGAAUUCCGCAUGUUUUAUUGGAUCUAAUAAAACGUUGGUAAAUCUCGUCGAAUAGUAGCAUUGUUAAAAAAUUUCAUUUUUUAGAUUCCAGAGGAUAUAAUAAGAUUUAAGUUGCGGGCAAUCGAGAGACUGACGAGAAGAAUGAAGGUUGUUUUAUCGCUGUCCAUGUAGGAAUUGAGCGUAUUACAUAUUUUUCUAAAAAGAACUAACGAUUCAUAUUUGUGACAAACUUUCCUUUCUCUAGUCUUAUAGUUUUAUUCGCAACAUCUUAUUAGAGAAUGAUGCAGUUGAUUACGAUCGCUCUUAAUGAAAACUUAAUUUUGCGUUUACCAACUUUUUGUAUAAGACAAAACAGGUUUUUGAUGUUAAACAGCUCUUUGUUCUUCCUGUUUCUUUUUUUUUUUUAAUAUUAGACAUUAUAUUUAAACUGUCGUUGUUAACUAAUCAGAGUGUUUGUACUACUUUUAGAAGAUACUUUAUACAUAUUUCUGGAUAAAUUUGGAUAACCGUAUCUCAGUCUGCACAUUUUAUACAAUUAAAUAUUAUAAUAUUACCAGCGUUCUGUUCAAUAAUAUGUGUAGCGCAUUUAUCGCUAAUCGUUAAGAUAUUCAAUAUGUACGAAGUAUAUGUUUAUUUCUGUAACGCCGUACCUUUCAUAACUAUUACCCCCAAUAAUGGAGAUUUUCUUUUCACUUCAAAUAAAUUGAAUUUUUUGUGUUUCCGAUA